UUGAGGAUUCUGAAUUGAAAUACAUGAGAGGAAGACUUCGAUCCAAGGGAUAUAAUGGAGGAAGUCCAUUUGCUCUUCCAGAAAGCAAGCAACGUCCUCCAGUUCUCGAUUGGCGAAUCGCUGGUGCUGUAACUCCAGUUAAAGAUCAAGCCGUUUGUGGAUCUUGUUGGUCUUUUGGAACCAUUGGUACCAUUGAAGGUGUUCAUUUUGUCAAAACUGGUCAUUUGGUUCGUUUGUCAGAGCAACAAUUAGUUGAUUGUAGUUGGGAUCAAGGAGACAACGGUUGUGAUGGAGGAGAAGACUUCAGAGCUUAUGCUUACAUUAAAAGAGCUGGAGGAAUCUCUCUUGACGAAGAUUAUGGUGCAUAUUUAGGUCAAGAUGGAAAAUGCCAUGACUCAAAAGUACCAAAAGUCGUUAAGCUCACCGGAUUCGUCAAUGUUACUUCUGGUAGUGCUGAAGCUCUUGAAUUGGCUCUAUUUGAGCAUGGACCUGUUACUGUUGCAAUUGACGCCUUACAAAAGACUUUCUCCUUCUAUUCUCAUGGUGUUUAUUAUGAUGAAAACUGUGGUAAUACUUCAGAUGAUUUAGAUUACAAUUUACGACAGUUCUCCCAGUUAAAAGUAAAAAACAGAUGAUAGAACAAUUGAAUG